GUCUUGUUUAUGAUCCAAACAUGAGAAUCUAUAAUGUUUUGUUUCCUGUAUUGAUGAUUUUGUUUUGCAUUGUUUCUGAUUUUCCUUUCACAGGAUCAACAUCCACUUGAAUUCAAUUGGUUGCUUUCAUCAUUCUCUAACCUUCCCAUGGCGGAUCUUCCAUCUGAUUUGUUGACCGAAAUCAUCUCUCGCUUGCCACCACAACCUAUCCUCCGAUUCCGAUUAAGUUCAAAAUGGCUUAAAUCCAUAAUCGAUUCCCACAACUUCACUAACCUUCACCUCAAAAACUCCCUCAAUUUUAACCUCAUCCUCAGCCACGACUCCGAAUUUUACCAAUUUGAUUUCCCUAACCUAACCACCACUGGUUCGCUCUACCAUCCUUUGACUUCGAAGUCUGACGUCGCUCUUCUUGGUUCAUGUAAUGGCCUUCUUUGCAUCUCCAACCAAGUAGACGAAAUUGCUUUCUGGAACCCUAACAUCCGUAAACAUCAUUUCAUUCCUUAUCCCCCUUCUCCUCACCGUUCUAUAGGCGCUACCUUCCAUUUUGUCGUACACGGCUUUGCUUACGAUCCAUUCUCUGAAGAUUACAAACUCCUCAGAAUCUCUUCUUCCAUCGAUAUAAUAUGUGAGCGUUUUGAUUCACAAGUGACUCUCUUCAGUUCGAAAUGAACUCAUGGAAAGUACUUCCAAAUAUGGCACACGCUAUCGCCUCAUCUCAAGACAUGGCAGUUUUCGUUGAGAAUUCUUUUCACUGGGUAACCAUUCACGAACUUGACAAUUUUCAUCAACCCGCCUUAAUUGUCGCGUUUAACCUUGCCCAAGAGAUUUUCAAUGAGGUUCCUCUUCCUGAAAUACUAGCAUCUACUAGCCAGGAUUUUGGCACUAAUCUUUCACUUUUGGGACAGUCUCUUUGUAUGCUUCUGAGAUAUCAAAAUAUGAAUAAUAAAACUACUAAGGUUGAUGUUUGGGUAAUGAAAGAAUAUGGAUUUAGAGAUAGUUGGUGUGUAUUGUUUACUUUGGAGGAAGUGUUUUUCAGUAGACCUUUUACACCAUGGAAGCCUUUAGGUUAUUCUGGUGAUAGAAGUAAAGUUCUGUUGGAAGUAGAUUGUGAGGAGCCUUGGGGCAAUGGCGAUAUCAAGAUUGAAUGUAAAAAGUUGUUUUGGUAUGAUCUCAAAAGUAAAAGAGCUACCUGUGUUCCAGGAAUUCCUAAUAUCAAUAAAGUUAUGAUUUAUGUUGGAAGCCUUCUACCACCUUCCUUGCCUAUUGAUGAUAACUAUAAUUACAUGAAGGAGAACCAACCAAGAUUGAAAUGUGAAAGUAAAAUGCAGGUCAAAUUGAAUCGCCCUUCUUGUCCUGAAAUUGACAUUGAGAAAAAGCUAAGGAAGAACAAAACCGGAUGCUUAAGUUGUCUCUGGUGAUUGAAAAUAUUAUUUUUAAAGACUUAGUUAUGGUUGUAGAACUUUGACAGUGACAAAUUCACUUUACUGAUCACCUCCAAGACUUUGUUCUUGUUUUCUUUUAUGUAUUUUG